AACUGCAACGGAGAGGCUAAAGAUGAUUCCUUUCUUAUCCAUAUUUUCUCUGCUCUUGCUGGUUGUUGUUAACCCUGCAAAUGCCAAUGGUCAUUAUGACAAAAUUUUGGCUCAUAGCCGUAUCAGAGGACGAGAUCAGGGCCCAAAUGUCUGUGCCCUUCAACAGAUUUUAGGCACCAAAAAGAAAUACUUCAGCACUUGUAGAAACUGGUAUCAAGGUGCCAUCUGUGGAAAGAAAACGACUGUGCUAUAUGAAUGUUGCCCUGGUUAUACGAGAAUGGAAGGAGUGAAAGGCUGCCCAGCAGUUUUGCCUAUUGACAAUGUUUAUGGUACUCUGGGCAUUGUGGGAGCCACCACAACACAACACUAUUCUGAUGUCUCAAAAUUGAGAGAAGAGAUCGAAGGAAAAGGAUCAUUCACUUACUUUGCACCAAGUAAUGAGGCUUGGAACAACUUGGAUUCUGAUAUCCGUAGAGGUUUGGAGAGCAAUGUAAAUGUUGAAUUAUUGAAUGCUUUACAUAGCCACAUGGUUAAUAAGAGAAUGUUAACCAAAGACUUAAAAAAUGGUAUGAUUGUUCCUUCGAUGUAUAACAAUUUGGGGCUUUUCAUUAACCAUUAUCCUAAUGGGGUUGUCACUGUUAAUUGUGCUCGAAUCAUCCACGGGAAUCAGAUUGCAACAAAUGGUGUUGUACAUGUCAUUGACCGUGUCCUUACACAAAUUGGUACCUCAAUUCAAGACUUCAUUGAAGCAGAAGAUGACCUCUCAUCUUUUAGGGCAGCAGCCAUCACAUCUGAUAUAUUGGAAGCCCUUGGAAGAGAUGGUCACUUCACACUCUUUGCUCCCACCAAUGAGGCCUUUGAGAAACUUCCACGAGGUGUCCUAGAAAGGAUCAUGGGAGACAAAGUGGCUUCUGAAGCUCUCAUGAAAUAUCACAUUUUAAACACUCUCCAGUGUUCUGAGGCCAUUACAGGAGGAGCAGUCUUUGAGACUCUGGAAGGAAACACAAUUGAGAUAGGAUGUGAUGGUGACAGCAUAACAGUAAAUGGAAUAAAAAUGGUGAACAAAAAAGAUAUUGUGACAAACAAUGGUGUUAUUCAUUUGAUUGAUCAGGUCCUAAUUCCUGAUUCUGCCAAACAAGUUAUUGAGCUUGCUGGAAAUCAACAAACCACUUUUGCAGACCUCAUAGCCCAAUUAGGUUUGGCAUCUGCUCUGAGGCCAGAUGGAGAAUAUACUUUGCUGGCACCUGUGAAUAAUGCAUUUUCUGAUGAUACUCUGAGCAUGGAUCAGCGCCUUCUUAAAUUAAUUCUGCAGAAUCAUAUAUUGAAAGUAAAAGUUGGACUUAAUGAGCUUUACAACGGACAAAAACUUGAGACCAUUGGAGGCAAACAACUCAGAGUCUUUGUGUAUCGAACAGCUGUCUGCAUUGAAAAUUCCUGCAUGGUGAGAGGAAGCAAGCAAGGGAGAAAUGGUGCUAUUCACAUAUUCCGAGAGAUCAUCAAACCAGCAGAGAAAUCCCUCCAUGAAAAGUUAAAACAAGAUAAACGCUUUAGCAUCUUCCUUAGCUUUCUAGAAGCUGCAGACUUGAAAGAGCUCCUAACACAACCUGGGGAUUGGACUUUAUUUGUUCCAACCAAUGAUGCCUUUAAGGGAAUGACUAAUGAAGAAAAGGAAAUUCUGAUUCGCAACAAAAAUGCUCUUCAAAACAUUAUCCUUUAUCACCUGACACCAGGAGUUUUCAUUGGAAAGGGGUUUGAACCUGGUGUUACUAACAUUCUAAAGACCAUACAAGGAAGCAAAAUCUAUCUGAAAGCAGUAAAUGACACACUUCUGGUAAAUGAAUUGAAAUCAAAAGAAUCUGACAUCAUGACAACAAAUGGUGUCAUUCAUGUUGUAGAUAAACUUCUCUAUCCAGCAGACACGCCUAUUGGAAGUGAUCAGCUGCUGGAAAUACUUAAUAAACUGAUCAAAUAUAUCCAAAUUAAGUUUGUUCGUGGUAGCACCUUCAAAGAAAUCCCCAUGACUGUCUAUACUACUAAAAUUAUAACCAAAGUUGUAGAACCAAAAAUUAAAGUGAUUGAAGGCAGUCUUCAGCCUAUUAUCAAAACUGAAGGACCCACAAUAACAAAGAUGAAAAUUGAAGGUGAACCUAAAUUCAGACUGAUUAAGGAAGGUGAAACAGUAACUGAAAUAAUCCAUGGAGAGCCAAUUAUUAAAAAAUACACCAAAAUCAUUGAUGGAGUGCCUGUGGAAAUAACUGAAAAAGAGACAAGGGAAGAACGAAUCAUUACAGGUCCUGAAAUAAAAUAUACUAGGAUUACUACUGGUGGUAGAGAAACAGAAGAAACUCUGAAGAAAUUGUUGCAAGAAGAGGUCACCAAAGUCACCAAACUCAUUGAAGGUGGUGAUGGUCAUUUACUUGAAGAUGAAGAAAUUAAAAGACUGCUUCAGGGAGACACACCUGUGAGGAAGAUACAAGACAACAAAAGAGUGCAAGGAUCUAGAAGACGAUCAAGAGAAGGUCGUUCUCAGUGAAAAUCCAGACAAGACGACAAAGUUUAUACAACCCUAAACCCUGACAUUAAAGAAUUAUUAUGAAAGCCACUUUGAUUUCAGGAAAUAAACCAUCAUCACAAAAAAAAUAAUCAUUGAACAAUUCUGAAUGCAAAUUUAAUUCUAGGAAA